AUGAUUCUGAAACGACUUGCCGACUUAAUCUACUACUCAAAAGAAAGGGACGCCCAAGAGCUGAGCCGUCAAAAAUGCGCCUUCGCUACUGUUUCUCGAGAAUGGCAGGUAUUCUUUGAACGAUGGACUUUUAGACACCUCACCUUGCAUCAGUCAGACCUCACAGAAUUCGGCAAGAUAAUGCAAGACGACAACAAUCGCCGGAUGUCUGUGAAAUUCAUCUGCCUGCGCAUACAACUCCCAGAGUAUGACUGCAAAAAGUGCAAAAAGGGAGAAUCACCCAAAGAAAUCCGAGCGAACCAACGUCUGUUCACAACAGCAGUUUGGGAGCUGUUUUCUAUCCUAUCUCAAUGGGAACAGCACGGCGAGGUUGGAUUGGAGAUUAGUGUUCACUCUCCAAGCGACGCCCUUCACUAUUGCCAGGAGCUCAAGAGCCGAAUCCAUCGCAGAGCGAACAUACCCCCGAAAUACUCGAAACCCAGAAAACGAGGCAAGGCCACUCACGGCUGGAAUCGAGGCAUACAAAUCGACAACCCCCCCGACGGUGCUAAACUCAGAGUCUUUGGACAUCCCAAAGGGCUAGGCUUCGACCUGCGUACAUCGGUGGCCCGGAAGCUAGGAACCCUGCCCGAGGUCAAGGUAGUCACAUGGCUGCUCAUUCGUCGACAGUUUUACCGUCACUUCUCUGUUCCAAAGGCUUUGGGGCCGAUGAUCAAAAGUUUACCUCGCCUAGAGCACCUUUCGUACGAGCCGUGGCGAGGA